CAAAACAAAGAACAUGUGUUGUUUGUUGUUUGAAUUGUGAUAAAAUAUUAAAUACCUUAUUUAUAAAUAAUGGCUGAAAUAAAUGAUCAAGAACGAAAGUUAACUUGUGUGCUGUUCCCUGGAGUGGUAAAAAAUGAUGCAAGAGCCAUAGAAUGUUUGGGGGGAAUUAGAACGAUUUCGCAGAUCUACUCACAAACUGCCAAAAAACGAUUAGGACUCAGUUACCAACCGGAAAAUCCUUUCGUGAAGCGAAUAUUUGGUGAAUGCCGCAAAACAGCUGGUAUACUUCUAAAAGUACGAGUCAAGAAGACCAAAAGUGGAGAAGAAAUAAAAAAAGAAGUUCUCUCGACUACUAUAGUGGGCCGAGUGAGCAGUAUUUAUAAAUUUGAAAAUAUGUGUGACUUCCAAUACAUGCCAGCACACAGUGAUGGACAGGGUGGCAUGGUAUGUCAUAGGGAGAAUAUAAUUCCAUCAGGGCUUGAUUCUUUUGAUUUUCUACAUCAAUCAAGUCCCUUAUUCAUCUUGCCAGCGUAUUUUACAAGAACUGAUAAGCCUAACAGCUACGGUUAUACAGAUAAGAGAUAUUACUCUGAUAAGACAGACACAGUGGAUGCAGACGACAAUGUUCACAAUAGGACACGGCAAGAGAGAAAGGGACAGUUUAGCUCUUAUGUCUUCAGUCUAACAAAUGAACUGCCUACAGAACCUCAUGAGGCAAACGUCAAACAGAAAGAUGCAAGGCUUGUUCAGUACCCACAGCUUGAAGAGGAGUAUGAAGCUGUGAAAAAGUUGUUUGAUGAGAGACCAGUCUGGUCUUUCAACUUGAUCAAGUAUGUGACCAAAAUCAGAUCCACAUCAUUAAAGUUGAUUCUGCCGUGUCUUGCAAUCUACCUUAGGAAAGGGCCGUGGAAAAUGGUUUGGCUGAGAUUUGGAUAUGACCCUCGAAAAGAUCCAGCUUCUAGAAUUUACCAGACCUUAGAUUUUCGAGUCAGGAGCUUGGCUGGCAUCAGCUCUAUGGUUACAACAAGGGGAGAGUAUCAUUACAAGAAAAUAGUCCACGAAAACCAGGGAACGAGAUAUUCGGAGGAUUAUAAGGAAGUUCCUGAAGCAGCAGUAAUGUUUAAGCCAGGCCUGGUGCCCACACAAAGACAAGUUUAUUAUCAGUACUGCGACAUAAAACUUCCAGAAGUAGAAGAUAUGUUAGCAGCGGAGCCGGCGCCAGGCUACCUCUGCCACCAGACGCGCGGCUGGCUGCCUCCCAACGCGGACCAGCACUGCCGCGACCUCAUAUUCAGAUACGUCAAGCAGACGCUGCUGUCUUCGCACAACGCUGACUUCAAGUUAGAGGAAGGAAGCAGCGACGACGAGGGCAACUCUGAAGAUGACGACGCGAUCCCAUCCGCUGCGGGCGACGAGGCGGUGUAAACCUUACUCAUUUGUAAUGUAUUAUAUUCAAAUUUUGACACGCUAAAUAAACAAUGAAGGUAA